CGCGGCACAGGCAGCAGGAGCGAGCGAGCGAUGGCGGGCCAGGCGGGCGGCGGCCGGGCGCUGCGCUGCCUGGUGGGCGCGGCGGGGCUGCUGGCGGCGCUCAGCGCGGCCGGCACCGUCUUCCUGCUGGGCCAGUGGCGGGAGCUGAGCGCGGCCGUGCGCAGGCUGCAGGAGGACGCGGCGCCGCUCCCGCCGCCGCGGGACUUGCCCAGCGCGCUCCGGCACCUGCCCGCGCCCACCGCCCCGCCGGGCCCCGGCCAGCCUGCGGGGCCCACCGCCGGCAGGAGCAAGCGGAGCCAGCGGGCGCGCGGCUGUGCCAAGCUGCGCCUGGAGCACGACGACGCCUUCCUCCUGAUGGGCUACCCCGUGGUGCCGGUAGGGGGCGCGCUGGCCUGGCUGCCCUCCCCCAAGGUCCGGGUGAUGUUGGAACUCUGCAAUGGUACGAAAGGAAUGUGUUUAACAGGGCCCCCAGGAUUGCCAGGUCCUCCUGGUCUUGAUGGGAUGCCAGGUUUUAAUGGCUCUGAUGGAAUUCCUGGUCUCCCCGGGCAAAAGGGAGAACCUGGAAGACGAGGGAAACCAGGGCCUAAAGGUGACCCUGGAGAGAAAGGAGAUCCUGGUGAAAUCGGCUUACCUGGGAAAAAUGGGACUCCGGGAGAAAAAGGCUCGAGAGGGGCGAAGGGAGAUAAAGGAGAUGCAAGCAAUGACGUAACAGCAGAAGGUGUGAAAGGUGAGCCAGGCCCUCCGGGCCCCCCUGGCCCCCCAGGGCUUCCAGGUCCUCCUGGGCCCCCAGGCAAACGAAAAGCAAAAGCCGAGGUCCAGGAGAACAUGUUCAGUGCCAAGUGUGUAGGGGACACAUGUGAUGUUCCAAAUGAUGAUACUCUGAUAGGAAAAGUGGAAGAAACGGCCACCCUCUAUCACCGUAAAAAUUCAGAAUGCAUCAUUAAAUCAGUAGGAAACCCUGUUGAGGUUAAGAAGAUGAAAGAGACUUUUGGAGUGUGGAUGAUGGAUCCUGCAAAUCGAAGCGAUGAGCGGGUUUGGAUUACGGAACAUUUUGCAGGCAGAAUAUUAAAAGAAUACGCUGAUGUGACCGCCUUGCUGAAUGACAGCUACGAGGUCAUCGAGCUCCCAUGGAACUUUUAUGGAUGUGGCCAUGCCAUCUAUAAUAACGCAAUAUAUUAUCAGAAAAUUGGGACCAACACCAUUGUAAAAUUUGACCUGGGGAAAAAAUUGUCCGAAAUUCUUGUGCUCGAGCGUGCCUGGAACCACUUGCGCCAUUACCUCUUCGCUUACUCUAAAACCUACUUCAACAUCGCUGUGGACGAAAUGGGAUUUUGGGUGAUGUACGUGGAGAGGUUUGACGAAACUAUCAUGGUGGCCUACGUGGAAGAGGAGAAGUUUUCGGUGCUGCUGAACAUCAACACCACCUACCCCAAAUCCAAAGCCGGCAACGCCUUCAUUGCCUGCGGGGUGCUGUAUGUCACUGACAAGAAUGAUACCUAUGUGACAUUUGCUUUUGACCUGCUGAGUGAGAAGCAGAUUGAUGCGAGCUUCGCGCUGAAACGGAGCCCGUCCAACCUGGCGAUGCUCACCUACAAUCCAAGAGAUAAACACCUUUAUACGUGGGAGAAGGGCUCAUUGAUGAAGUACCCGGUCCAUUUUACCAGCUGAGCACGUCCCGUUGGAAACAAUCCGUCGCUCAGCCUAUUUUGGCCUCUGUUAAGCAAUAAAUAAUUUGUAGGGGAGGCCCCUUAUCUGCUCUCCUGUAAUCCGUCUCUCUUGUCCAAGGAGAGAAGAAAUUUGGAACUGCAGCCAUGUAUGUGCAUUUUAGGGGAAGGUAUGACCCUUGUGGUGUCAUUUGUGCCUGUUUAGGUUUUCUUGGCUGUUGUUGGCUCUGUAGAACGAAGGGCUGCUUAAUAUUAUAGCCAAUCCUACGUGCUAGCGAACACAAAAAGAGUGUGUUGCUGUUCCGUUGCAGGGGUGCACAAGAUAUAGUCCAGGGGCCCCCCAGGGCCCACUAGUGCCUGUAAACCCCACCCUACCCCAAAUCGGGUCACUUAGCCAGUAUUUAUGGUCUUCCUGCCUCCAGGUGGCUGUAUCUCUGAGCAAAGAGCAGCUCAGUAGCAUCCGGAGCCCUGGAUGCCAAUGAAACAGAUGGGUGACAUGUUGAGGCAAGCUGUUAAGAAAAAAGGCCAGAAGCCAGGCUCCAGACCCCAAAACCAAGUGGAAGAUGAAGGUUUAAACCCCUCUCCCUUCCUGGAACAAGCCUGUUGUGCAAUUUUUCUGCAGAACAAAAUGGUGCUCUUCAUCUUCUCGGUUUGAGGCCCCCGGUGUUGCCAAAUCCCUCGCUUCCCAGCCCCUGAGCUUCAUGGAGCAAGGUCUGGUGAUGUCAUGGGAUGGAAUCUGGUGACAUCAUACCUUCACAAUAUGACCUCUCUAGUUCUGGUCAAAGCCAAUUCUGGCCUGUGUAACUGUUUGUGUUGUGUGCCCCUCUGCUUUCAUUCAUCCUUCUGCUGAUUAAAUUGUCUCCACUGAGCAGCUGAUCGACUAAAUGGAACUGUUGCUGCAAUUUCUAACAAUGGUUGCCUUGUGCAACUCUACUAUACUCUAGUAUACCUACAAUGCAGAAAGAAGGCGUGGAUUCUGAAGCAGCUGACUGUGAGCGAGUCCCAGGGCCCGCCUAUUCCACAAUCCUGACACACAACACUAGCAAUCCAUCUAGGUGUAAAAGAAAAGCGAAAUGCAAAAAGUUAAGACAGAGGCCAGGCAAAAAUAGAAUUCAGCACGUGCAACGUAUGCCUUUUAAUGGCGUACAGUUUGGCUAGAGAAAACUAGCAGCUGCAGCAUUUGCUGCAUGCACUAAUGGGUGGGUUGCAAUUUGUUGGUCUGCAGGCAAAGUUCCUAGAGUGGGACCAACCAAAAUAGUACAAAGCAGAGCGUGAGCUCUCAAGUUCUGGAGGAAUCACAAAUUAAGUCCCUGAUGUUUUGUUUUUAAACAUUGGAAGGUGUAAAAGUUAUACAGCUGUAGAAACCUUUUAUCUGAGGUUUAAGUUAGAAGCAAGUAGUGCAAUGGAGCCCUAGGCAGGGCUCAUUUCGAGGGGGAAUGCGCCGGAAUGCAGUUCUGGCAGUUCCCCAAAGAGGUCACAUGACAGGUGGCCCCGUCCACCUGACUCAGCCAUUUUGGGCCCAUUUCGGCCUGGAUUGGGGCCGAAAUGGCCCAGAUCGAGCCUCUGACGGGUGGUGGAUCACUCACCUGCUCAGCAGUGGCCCAAUCCUGACCAUUUUGGGCCCCUUUUCAGCCAUUUUUGCCAUUUUGGGCCCAAUUUUGGCCCUGAAUGGCCAGGAUUGGGUCUAAAACAGCCAGAAUAGGUGAUGUCAGGGGGUGUGGCAUAUGCAAAUCAGUUAUACUAAUGACACACUUCCGUUGAUGGCACGGGUCGUGGCAUAUGCUAAUGAGUUGUGCUAAUGAGUUGUGCUAAUGAGUUCUUCCAGCUCUUUUUCUACGAAAUGACCCCUGGCCCUAGGUAAACAGGUCAACAGCUCAAUUCCUGCCCUAUCACUGUUACUUCUUUGCUAAGUUUCUGGAAUUAACUUCCCUGUAAACUUCUCUUGCUUUUCUGUGGUGUGCCUGGUUCUAUUUAUGUAUAUCGUAAGAGAAACUCCUCUUAUGUUUUCUGAAGAGUGAGAUGAUGUAAGUGAUUUCACAGCCUGCUUUUACUUGUUUUAACUUUACAAGCAUCCAUAGCAUCAAACCAGUUUGAAUGCAGAAAAAGCCACCUGUUCUAUGGCAAACUUCUUGUGCCAAACAAGCUUUUAGUGGUUCUUUUAUAAGGAAAAGAGGUGUGGUUUGAUAAUUUAGCCCUCCACAAUUCACAUGGAUUCUAGAUUCUUUCUGUGUUACGGGUGAUGGCAUAUGUGGGAAUGUUUCUUUGUCAAACUCCAACUGGUAAAUCUGUAACCAUGCCUGAUGGUUAAGAAUUGUAAAUUCUCACAAGAACCUAUCAAUAGAGAUGAAAAAUUUCUGGAAAUCGUUAAGCCAUGGAAAACAGUUUUCUUCUGAAAAAAGUGGAAAUUUUAGAAAAAAAUUUGAAAUACAUGCAAUAUUUCUUAUCA